AUGGAGAAUUUAUUGUAUGAAAAUCUUCCAUAGACGAACACCCCAGCCCCAGAUGGCUUCACUGAUAAAUUCCACCAAACAUUUAAGGGAGACGUAGCACCAGUUCUCCAUCGUAUUUUUCAGAAAAUAGACGCAGCAAGACUACUUCCAGAUUCAGUCAGUGAGCCCGGUGUUACUCUUAUGAAGGAUAAUACCAGCGAAGGGAAUUCCACACUAUUAUCUUCCAUGAGCGGAGCUGUAACAAGUCCCCGACAGACAAAUCCAGCAAUAUCAACAAGCUAACACUUCGUGACCGAGUAGCGUUCGCACAGGAAAGCCAGGCUGCUUCAACAUCCUGAAGUUAGUGAAGCCCUCAUGUUAAGCAGGGGGAGGAAGGAGAAGCACGUGAGUGUCUCCGGAGGGGGAGACGCAGUUGAUGGAAUUCAGCAUCCGCUCCGGAGAGAGAACAGCCCCGAGCAGGCAGCAGGAGAAGGAAACCUGCUCGGCUGGUGCUUUUCCCGAAGAUUUGCAGCUGGCGUCAUACUCAGCCAGACUGAAUGCUUCCCCGCCUCCUGGCUCUCCUCACUCCUGCCUGACGCUGUCCAGGAAGUCCUGGCUGGUCCGGGAAGGCGGAGAACGGAAGUGGAGGGCAUAUAGGUCGCAGAGGCAUAGAUAAAAGCAACUCUGUCUGCAGACGGCAUCAUUGGCUGUGGAACUCUGGCUCCCGUGGAGAGCUCCUGGAGUCAAGGAUUGAAGUUUGCAAGUGGCUGCCUCCAGGGGAUGAUGGCCGCGUGAGCGUCCGCCAUGGCCCACUGGAAGCGCCAGAGCACCGCCAGCAGCAUGUUGGACCACAGGGCCAGGCCGGGCCCCGUCCCCCACAGCCAGGAGCCGGAGGUUGAGGACACGGAGCUGCCCCUGGAAGGCUAUGAGCCCAAGGGCCUGGAGGUGGCUGCGCUGCAGCCUGAGGAGCAGGAGUGCCACAGCCACAGCCCCGACGGGGACUCGAGCUCCGAGUACGUGAACAACACCUCGGAGGAGGAGGACUAUGACGAGGGCCUCCCGGAGGAGGAGGAGGGCGUCACCUACUACAUCCGCUACUGCCCCGAGGACGACAGCUACCUGGAGGGUAUGGACUGCAACGGCGAGGAGUACCUGGCCCACAGUGCUCCGCCCGUGGACACGGACGAGUGCCAGGAGGCGGUGGAGGAGUGGACGGACUCGGCCGGCCCGCACGCCCUGGGCCACGGGGCCGAAGGCAGCCAGGGCUACCCUGAUGGCCACCUGUCCAUCCCGGAGGACGAGCCCUCUGUCCUGGAGGCCCACGACCAGGAGGACGCCGGCCUCUAUUGUCCCGGCAAGGAGGGCUACCAGGACUACUACCCCACAGAGGCCAACGGCAACGCGGGCGGCGCCUCCCCUUACCGCCUGCGCCGUGGGGACGGGGACCUGGAGGACCAGGAGGAGGACAUCGACCAGAUCGUGGCUGAGAUCAAGAUGAGCCUGAGCAUGACCAGCAUUGCCAGUGCCAGUGAGGCCAGCCCGGAGCACGCGCCGGAGCCGGGGCCCGGGGACUCCACGGAGGCCUGCCCGCCUGGCGAGGCCGGCCGUGGCCCCAACAGGCACGAGGCGAGGCCCAAGUCGCUGAACCUCCCUCCCGAGGCCAAGCUCUCCGGGGACCCCCAGAGAGGCUUCAAGAACAAGACUAGGACCCCAGAGGAGAGGCCCAAGUGGCCCCAAGAGCAGGUGUGCAAUGGUCUGGAGCAGCCCAGGAGGCAGCAGCGCUCGGAUCUCAACGGACCUGUUGACAAUAACAACAUCCCGGAGACAAAGAAGGUGGCAUCAUUUCCAAGUUUUGUGGCCGUUCCAGGGCCCUGUGAGCCAGAAGACCUCAUCGAUGGCAUCAUCUUCGCUGCCAACUACCUGGGGUCCACCCAGCUGCUGUCCGAGCGGAACCCUUCCAAAAACAUCCGAAUGAUGCAGGCGCAGGAGGCCGUCAGCCGGGUCAAGAGGAUGCAGAAGGCUGCUAAGAUCAAGAAGAAAGCGAAUUCCGAGGGCGACGCACAGACGCUGACUGAAGUAGAUCUGUUCAUCUCCACCCAGAGGAUCAAGGUUUUAAAUGCGGACACACAGGAAACCAUGAUGGACCACGCCUUGCGCACCAUCUCCUACAUCGCCGACAUCGGCAACAUCGUGGUGCUCAUGGCCAGGCGCCGCAUGCCUCGGUCGGCUUCUCAGGACUGCGUGGAGACCACUCCCGGAGCGCAGGAGGCCAAGAAGCAGUACAAGAUGAUCUGCCACGUGUUCGAGUCGGAGGACGCCCAACUGAUAGCCCAGUCCAUCGGCCAGGCCUUCAGCGUGGCCUAUCAGGAGUUCCUGCGGGCCAAUGGCAUCAACCCCGAAGACCUGAGCCAGAAGGAAUACAGUGACAUCAUCAACACCCAGGAGAUGUACAACGAUGACCUCAUCCACUUCUCCAACUCGGAGAACUGCAAGGAGCUGCAGCUGGACAAGCACAAGGGGGAGAUCCUGGGUGUGGUGGUCGUGGAGUCGGGCUGGGGCUCCAUCCUGCCCACGGUGAUCCUGGCCAACAUGAUGAACGGCGGCCCGGCCGCCCGCUCCGGCAAGCUGAGCAUCGGGGACCAGAUCAUGUCCAUCAACGGCACCAGCCUGGUGGGGCUGCCCCUCGCCACCUGCCAGGGCAUCAUCAAGGGCCUGAAGAACCAGACGCAGGUGAAGCUCAACAUCGUCAGCUGCCCCCCGGUCACCACGGUCCUCAUCAAGCGGCCAGACCUCAAGUACCAGCUGGGCUUCAGUGUGCAGAAUGGCAUCAUCUGCAGCCUCAUGAGAGGGGGCAUCGCGGAGCGAGGCGGCGUCCGCGUGGGCCACCGCAUCAUCGAGAUCAACGGGCAGAGCGUGGUGGCCACAGCUCAUGAGAAGAUAGUGCAAGCCCUGUCCAACUCGGUGGGAGAGAUCCACAUGAAGACCAUGCCCGCCGCCAUGUUCAGGCUCCUCACCGGCCAGGAGACCCCACUGUACAUCUAGGCCCAGCAGCCUGCACCGCACAGCCAGGAUGCCGGGGACGCCUAGGACCGCAGGGGCCGGGGGACGAGGACCUGAUCCCUGACCCCACCCCCCCACCCCCAACUUUUACUGUUCUGCCAAAAGGGGUAUGUGUUGAUCCUGGGAGAGGCGCAGGAAGAAGCCUCUGUAGGACUGUCCAGUGUUUUGCCACGUUCUGACCCGUUUGCUCGUUGUGCCGGACAAGGAGUGUUGACCUGUGUGUGGGGUGCAGUGCACGUCUUUCCUCCCCGAAGCUGCAGAGUGCAAACCUGGACGCCCGCCCACGUGGCUGGGAGGGGAGGCCCCUGCGGGAGACGGCCCCCCCGGGGCGGGGGCAGCUCCCUCCUGCCACGGCUGGGGUCCUGCGGCUGGCUGUGCGGGAAGGCGGGCAGCCCACACCCAGGAUGUGGCUCGUAGGACCGCUGGGGGAAUAUGUGAUGUAAGUAUUUGCUGAGAAAGGCGGUGUUCCGGGGUUAAUAAAGGACCAUGGCCACCA